AUGUCGUGGAGAAGCUCUGUACGGACGUAUGCCUACCUACUUUCUACUGAGCUAAUCACGACGACAGGCUUCCAUGUCGCCAUUCGAGAUGCCUUCCUGGCACAAGAGCCACGCCUACUCUCCGACCUCAUCGACCAGGCCGUUCGCGCCAACGACGUCCACUCGCGCUACGCUUCCGCCGCCAUAUGCAUGCUACUCCACCCCUUACCGCAGCGUACAUCAAUGCCUGCAGACACGCAAGUCCUGUUCGUGCAGACCUUCGACCGCGCCGCAGCCGAGCCUUGCAUGGACACCAUCAAACCCGCCUACCAGCUCCUCCAAGGCAGCGCUUCACACUUACUCGGCAUCCUGUCCAGCAAAGUCCUGGUACGCAUAGAAGACCAGAUCUUCGGUAUCCUGCGCAACAUCAAAGGCGACACGACUCCACUCAGCCUCUACUGCUUGGCAAUCUUGCGAGUGAUGCUUGCCACUUCAGACGACGACUUUCGCAGCUCGAUUAGCUCAUACGAUACCCAGGAACUUCUAGCCAGCACCCAGCUCACGUCAUCGAGAUGGACGCCUGAUGCCGUGCGGCAAUUCUUCCAAGAUACGAAGGCUCAGAAGACGUUGCAGCUGAUCGUGCUUCGUGCGAUGUGGGCGUGUACUUCAACUACAGAUCUGCAGCUGGAUGAGAGGUUGGAGUCGCUGAAGCUGGCGAACGAGAUCAUUGAGGCAGUUCCGAUUGAAAGCCGCCUGACGUGGCGGAAGACGAAUGCUCUGCUGGUGCGGAAGCUUGAGGAGAAGGCUGCUGCUGAUGGACUGGAACCGGCUUUGCGGUAUCAAGCGCUUUGCUUCCUACUUCAGCUGACGAAGGGCGGUUUCAGUCCGUCUGUGAUCAUCGACCAUCUUCGUCAGCUCGUCAUGAAGCCCACUUCCAUCCGACAGGUGGUGGCCUCUGGUGAGGUCUCCCAUCUCCAACUACUGGCUGGCUGUGGUGUUCUCGACCACGAUACUACAACUGCACUCAUCCAAAAUCUGGUCGACUUCGCCACAGGGUCGGACAGCGAAGGUGUUGUUGAGCUGAGCAAGCCAUUGGAGAGCCUUUUCGGUCAGUUCACUGGAUUCAUUACGCACGAGGAGUCCAUCGCGGAGGGCACAUUGCUGGCUCUGGAUGGUCUUGCAUGCGGCGAUCGACUACAUCAGAUGGCCCGCCAGCUGGAACCACCCAACAGCAAUGAAACAACUACGAACUCCUCAACAUCGAUCUGCAGUCAGACGCUACACACCGCACGCAGAGCUCUCGUCCAUGGGCUGAGCAGAUUGUUUCUUUCUGCUGCGCUGUUGUCCCGCCACUCAAGCUAUUCGCCGUCCACAGCGACCCAAGCCCUGCUUCUGGACCUUCAUGCAUCGUCUGCUCAGCAAGUUCAGCAGUGCAAUCACGCUCAGCGAAGCGCUACCAAUACUUCGCCAUUUCCCUUCGUCGAGGCAACAAGCACGCCUGAUCCACAUCAGCACCACUGGCAGCAGGCUCUGGCUGCGCACAUGGAUACCAGGGCCCGAGCAGAGCAUCAAAGUAUUUCCGCCAUCUUUCACCAAGCUGUCUCUGGUCUCGAAGCACGCUGCGAAAGCAUUGAGGGGCCAUUGCGCGAGGAGCAGAGCCUGCGACAAUCGUUACAGAAGGAGUACGAUGCCCUGAGCGGAGCAUACGCCACUCUGGAGACGGAAAGCCUUGACCGAAGUGUUCGUCUCGAUGCUCUCGAAGCCGAGAAGGAGCAGUGCAGGCAUGAGCUUGAUAAUGCCAAUGCUGAGAUUAACGAGUUGACGCAGAAAAUUCAAGGUGUGGAAAUGGAGCUCCGGGACAGCAGAGCCGAAAGGAGCAGGCUUUCCACCGAGGCAGCGGAGGGCAAGAAUGCAUUGGAACUUCGACAUUCGGCUGCUUUCGCCAGGAAGGAGGAAGAAGUUGAGGAGCUUCGAGACCAGCUUGACCGUGCGAACGAAGAUGCUACAGCCUCGUCUGAAGAGGUUGCGGGUCUCAAGCAGGAAGUUGAAGACGCAAGAGCUACUACUGACGACACAGCCAGCGCGAGGGACCGAUUCGAGACGCUCUGUCACGAGAGGGAGUCAACGAUCGAGCAGCUUCGGUCAGAGGUCAGAGAAGCCAACGAAUUCAAAGGAGGUCUUGAGGCACAGCUUUUGGAAAUGCGUGAACAAGCGCGACAGGCCGCCGAGCAACAUGGUCUCAGGCUGAACGAGCAAGAAGAAUCACUGCGGGAAGAGAUGCAACGUCUGGUGGACGAGAAGUCUCAACAGAUUAAUGAAGUGAAUGAGCAACGCGAGGAACUGCAUGUCGCAUUGUUGAAGGCUCGAGGAGACGUAGAAAGGUUGUACCAGUUGCAAGAGCAGCAGAACGCCCGUCUGGAGAAGAGGGGAAGAAAGAACGCUGACCUGCAGAAAGAGAUCGACCGCCUCCAUCGCAAAUUCGAACAGAAGGACAGACAGAUCUCCGAAGCGAACGCCAUGCGUGCUAAUCUCAUGGCCGCAAUGGGCCUCAACAGCCUCCAGCCCCAACCAGCCCCUAGCCUCCCCUACCGCCCAUCCCGCUCUACUGGCCGGCCUACACAAGAAGACCAAGACCCUUCACCACCCACACCCUUCUCCGGCGAUGACGCCGAACCCGACUCGCAGCACCUCCAAGCUUCCUUCGCCUCCAACGCAUCGUCAACAGAAUCCAGAAGCGGUCCGACGCCCAAGCGGCCCAAAUCACGGCAUUCAGCCAACCCAACGGCGAAAACGCCAGCCAAAGCGCGCACGAGCAUGGCAUCGAGGCGGUCGACGAGGUCGAGUAUGGCCGGCACGGGAACGGGGAGGAGGAAGCCACUGGGGAGUUUGAGUGGGAAUGAGGGAGGGAGGAAGAGCGUGGGGAGUAAGACACCGAUGAAAGGGGUGGACGAGGGGAUGGAUGAGAGUACGUUUGAUGGGAGUGAGGUGUUUGGGGGGACGCAGGGGGGUAUGGUGGAUUUUGAGGGUGCUUUGGAUGGCUGA